AUUAAUUGAGCAGAUGUGUCAUAUUUUAAAACAUUAAAAUAAUAUAAUUUAAAUGAAGAUCCGAAAAUUAAUGUAAAAUGUUAGUUUGUUUGGUUCUAUUAUUAUUUUUUUAAUUCGUUAUAUACUAAUGAAACAGUAACAGCCCGUUCUUUACAACACUGUUUUGCCGUAUAUUUCGUAAUUGGGCUGAACAGCCAACCGACCGACCGAGUAAACGGAUUGGCUGUAUAAAUUAUAAGUUAAUUAUAGAAUGCAUUGUAUUACAAAAAGAUGGUGAAGUAUUUUGGUAAACUAUCACAAGUGCUGUUCCGCAUGCACUUCAUGCGCUCCAUGGUUGCCAAUCCAAAUGACUAUACAAUCAAAGCGCAUAGCAGUUGCAAAUCCAUGGUGCAACGAUCACGAACAUUAUGUUCUGUUUACAACCACCAUCAGCAGCAGAAGCAACGACAUCAGAAGCAAUCCGAACGAAACUCCACAUAUACUCACCCCGGUCUGGUAUUUACGGCCGCUUUUAGCUUCAAUUUGUUUGGCGGUGGUGACAAAGAGGAAGAGACGCCCGAAACAAAGCUAGUGAAUACCAUAAAACGUUCCAUAAUAUGUAUACAGAAACAGCAGUACGACAAGGCAGAGCAGAUGUUACAUCUUGCACUUCGCAUGGCACAAGAUAUUCAGUCGGCAAACGGAAUUACCUAUGUAUACGACGUAAUGGCCAAUCUCGCGAUGGAACGAGAACAGUUCAAAAAAGCAGAAGCCCUUUUUGUAGAUGUAAUGAAGCGUCUCAUGGCCGAGGGUUAUACAGAAGAUAAUGUCAAGAUAUUGCACAUCAGUGCCAAAAUUGCGCACAUGUCACAGCUGCAGGGUGAUCUAGUGAAGAGCUUCCAGGGUUUCACAUGGACGCUGCAAAGACUGGCCAAACUGGUAAAGGAAUUGCCAGAGAACAGUGAUGUACUGGAGCUAUAUGGUUUGACUAAGAACUGGUUUGGACAGCUUCUGAUGAAGCAAGGCAAAUAUGAGGAGGCCAAGAAUCUAUUCAAAGAGGCUCUGGAUAUUCUCAUUGACGUGUACGGAACCCUGAACGAUGCCUCGGUCACUAUUCUAAAUAACAUUAGCGUAGCCUACGUAAAUCUAGAAAAGUAUGCUGAAGCCAAGGAAACACUUUUACGCGCACUGCAGAUAGCGAAGGAGUUGAAGGAUUCCGCCCAGGAAGGCGUCAUACAGGCUAAUUUGGGCUUAGUUUAUCUACGCGAAGGUCUGCUUAGUGAAGCUGAAAAGCUUUGCAAGCUUGCCUGGAAUAUAGGUCAGAGAAACUCAAAUGCAGAUGCUAUCGAACAAGCCGAGUAUUGUCUGAAUGAAAUUAAAUCAACCACAAAGGUCUAAGCAGUUUCUAACUAAAUUAAUACAAUUUUUACCUUUGUGUAUAAAAUACAACUAGUUCGUGGAAUUUAUAAGAUUAAAUCUAAAGGCAAAAUAUCGC